AUGUCGAGAACUUCGCUAGAUCCUCGGGAUCUGACAUCGCCACAGGGCACGGGCAGCAAUAGGAUCGACGGUGCCCUCGACCUCAGCAUCAUCGUGUUCAUGGCCAUCGCUUUGUACAACGCCCUCGAAUUAGCUAUCCUCAUCCCGCUGACCUUCCACCGCUAUCGCAGCCUCUACUUCUGGUCUCUGUUGACAUCAGCCGUCUUCGGUGUGGCUCCGCUCUCUAUCACAGGAGGACUGCAAUUCUUCAGUCUGGAGCCAGUGACCGUGAGCGUGGUCGUGGAAAAUAUCGCGUGGAUCCUGACGGUCCCCAAUCAGUCCGUGGUUCUCUACUCACGACUACAUCUGGUCUCACAGAACCAGACAAUCCUCCGAAUAGUGCGGUGGUUGAUUGCUCUGAGUCUCGUCGUAAUAGUCGUCCCGACGAUCGUGUUGAAUGCGGGCUGGAGCUACAUGCCGCAGUCUCCCAGUUGGAAUCGCGGGUACUUUGCUAUGGAGCGCAUUCAAGUGACCUGGUUCACUGCGCAGGAAUGUUUCAUUUCGGGAGUAUACAUCUGGAAUACUACGCGGUUGAUUCGGCUGAACCCGACUGGCGAUUCAAAGCGGCACAAAAUCUUGUACGAAUUGCUGGCUGUCAACGUCGUUGUUAUCGUCAUGGAUCUGGCGCUGAUAGUUCUCGAGUACUUGAACUACUAUUUUACGCAGGUGAUUUUCAAGGCGACCGUCUAUAGCAUCAAGCUGAAGCUUGAAUUUGCGGUGUUGGGUAUGUUGGUUUCGAUUGUACAUAGGCGAGAUUCGGAUGGGAUGUUUUGGCGGACUGAUGAGAUGAUAGCGAAAUAUUCCAAAAGGGAAAGUAGAACCUCCAGUGGAAUGGUAGUGACCAAUCAUUGUUUAGGCUGGUCAGAUAACCCCGGUCUACAUAGCCCGUCAACCCCCCCCUCCCUCAUGAAGCGCCAACCUGCAAAGAUCAAUUCAAUCUUACAAGCUCGCCGAGUCUUUGAUUAUUGA